AUGGCCUGGCGGGAGGCUGCCACUGUGGCCCCUGCCCUGCACCAGCUCCAGCAGAAAGGAGGCCCCGGCGUUCCCAUCCUUUUAGCCCACAGCUUGUCCCAUUGGCAUCACUCCCCUUCUCCAGCCGGCUCAUUAUCCCUGUCACACCGGACCAGACCCUCUUGGCACAGCCUUGUGGACUUAAUUGAAUUAGACAUACCCGCUUGUUUAGGCAUUGUGUGCUGGCAUGAGAACCUCACAGCCACGGCGACGCAGGCAGGAGGAGAGGGCGGCUUUGGCGGCACUCAUCUGGCAGAUCUGAGGCUCGGGCGGCUACAGAAGAUGGGAACCAUGGACCACCAGCCUCCUAUUGAGGCCAGACCAGUGCCAAGAGCAGAGGACUAG